GUGCUACACUACCAUUUUACCAUCAAACCUUCCAGAAAACAUUGUAAAAGAAAUGGAUCAAGCAAACAUCUAUCCCGAAGAAGAAGCAAAAGAGCAACUACUAGAUGCACAAGCUCAUAUAUGGAGGCAUGUUUUCUACUUUCUCAAAUCCAUGGCCUUAAAAUGUGCUAUUCAACUAGGCAUUCCAGACACCAUUCAUAAACAUGGCAAACCAAUGACUCUAAAAGAGCUAGCCAAUUCACUUCCUAUCAUCCCUAACAAAGCUACUUCUCUUUCGCGCUUAAUGCGACUUCUUGUAUCCUCCAAAUUCUUCUCUAUGAAAACUUUAGCCAACGGCGAAGAAGGAUUCGCUCUUAAUUUGAGCUACCAGCUUCUGUUGAAAGAUCACCCUCUUUCACAAGCUCCCUUUGUUAUUGGAAUCCUUGAUCCGCGGCUUGUUGGUCCAUCUCAUUAUUUAAGUAGUUGGUUCGAAAGCGAGGCUGAAUCUUCUUUCCAUAUUGCUUAUGGGAAAAGUGUUUGGGAAUUUGCUGGCCAUGACUUGGAAUUUAAUGAUAUCUUCAACCAAGCCAUGGAAAGUGAUUCUCGUUUUGCUACCAGCUUGUUGGUCACCAACAAUGUUUUUAAAGGCUUAUUUGAAGGUGUUGAGUCAUUGAUGGAUGUCGGUGGUGGUAGCGGGGCGACGGCUAAGGCCAUUUCUGAGGCCAUCCCAUGGUUGAAGUGCAGUGUACUUGAUUUACCACAAGUGGUUGGACGGGUACAAAAAGAUGGUUGCAACUUGAACUUUGUUGCUGGUGACAUGUUUGAGGCUAUUCCUCCUGCUGAUACUGUCCUACUUAAGUGGAUAUUGCAUGAUUGGAGUGAUAUAGAUUGCAUUAAAAUAUUGCAAAAAUGCAAAGAGGCAAUUCCGACCAAAAAGCAAGGAGGUAAAGUGAUUAUCAUUGAUAUAGUUGUGGAUCCACAAAUGAAUAAGAACAAAAACUCUGAUGUUCAAUUAUUACUUGAUAUGGAGAUGAUGUUCGUCACUGGUGGAGGAAAAGAACGAACUAAACAAGAAUGGGAGAAUAUCUUCAUUAUUGCUGGUUUUAGUGAUUUUAUAAUUCUUCCUAUAUUGGGUUUAAGGUCAGCAAUUGUGGUAUAUCCUUCAUAAAUUUGUAUUUUCUGUAUUGGUUUCUAGGAAGAGUGUUGUGGCCAAAUAAUUGAAUGGAUUUUUGUAUGAUAAGCUUUUUGAUUAUGAGCGUGUUAAAAUUGAUUGGUGUGGUUUUGUGUAUUUUUCACUCGUUUGAAGAAACAGUAUGGUAGAAACCUUGUUUUGUAUAUUGAUCAACAAGUUUGACCAUGUAUGAUAUCAAAGAUAUAAAUUUGACUGUUUGGAACGGGUCAA